AUUUAACUGUUUUUUCUGCACUGUGAUUGGCCAAACACAAAUAGGGUGCAUUUAACUUUCACUAUUUUUUCACACUUAAUUUAUCCCGUCGAUUCGUUGAAAAUUGAAUUUCCUUUUCAAUCCCCUUCUUCACUUUAAUUUUUCACUUUGCAUUCAAUACAACCUUUAAUCGUAAAAUGGUCGUAGUCUACAACCUCUACAUUUUUGACAGAUAUUGCGAAUGCAUUUUCUACACCGAGUGGAAUCGCCCCAACACACAUCUGACCAGCACCCGGCAUUCCACCGACCUCAGCCGGCCCCCCGUCUGGCCCAGCGCGCAGUCCCCGCGCAACACGCCCAUGGAAGAAGAGGCCAAGUUGGUUUAUGGUGUGGUCUUUUCUACCCGCAACAUAAUAAACAAACUCAAUUCCAAGGACAGCUCCAAAGGAGGAAACCCCGGAGGAUUCCUAUCCUUUGCUACAAACACUUACAGGCUGCAUUACUACGAGGCACUGUCGGGCGUAAAGUUUGUUAUAACAACAGAUGUGGCGACUAACAAUAUGGAGCCUGCCUUGGAUAUGAUAUAUAAGAACAUAUAUGUCGAGUAUGUGGUUAAGAACCCCUUGUUUUGUGUCGAUCCAAAUGUUUCGAGCCCGAUCGAAAACGACUAUUUUAGAGCCGUUUUGAAUAAUUAUAUCAAGGAGAUUUCGACUUCGUCAUCAGCUCUGUCUGCUUCUGCUUAAUUAUUAAAUGCACAUGCAUAUUUAAUCGAUGUUGAAAUUUUAUGUUUAUUAAAUCAAUUUUAUGAAUGAAAA